GAGAAAACUGCAAAAUGAAACUGAUGAUUCGCACUCUCAGCAUAUUGCUUGCGUUCGUCGUGUAUGUCACGCUAGUGUUGUGCACAGACGCCAAAGUAAAAGCAUGCCCCCCUCCUCCAUCCCUACAAUGCAGAAGCGAUGAAUGUGAAAUCUUCAAUUACCUGGGCAUAUGGGAGGACCGUUCCAUUUGUAAGGCGGGCAGCGUGGCAUGGCCCACUUCAGAGCCCCAACUCCUGCGCGCUGUUGCCCACGCUGUUCAGAACAACCAGAAGAUCAGAGUGGUGAGUAGACAUGCUCACAGCAUAUCGAAGCUCGUCUGUGUGGACAGCGAAGGACUCAUCAUUUCCACCCAAAAUUAUGACUCCGUCAUUGAAGUGAAUAGCGAGGCCAUGACAAUCACCGUCCAAGCCGGAGCACUCAUGAGAGACGUGAUUGAAGCAGCUGCAAAGCAUGGCCUUGCUCUGCCUGCCAUGCCUUACAUCAGCGGAGUUUCUGCAGCCGGUGUUAUUUCCACCGGAGCCCACGGCAGCAGUUUCGCCGGGAAAGGCAGCGGAGUUUAUGAAUACGUCGUGGGAAUGAGAAUCGUAGUGCCUGCGUCUCCUUCCGAGGGCUACGCAAAGAUCAUAACUUUGACAGAAGCAGACAAAGAUCUCAAGGCCGCAAAAUUGGCUCUGGGAACGCUGGGAGCAAUUUCAGAGAUAACAUUCGAUUUGCAGCCCAUGUUUAAACGAUCCGUUUCCGUCUCAGUGAAAGAUGAUCACGAUCUAGAAAACGAAGCCGAACGUUUUCUCAGAGCUCACACAUUUGCCGACAUAAGUUGGCUUCCUUCACACCGGAAGGCGGUUUUCGUAGCCAACGAUAGAGUUUUUAUUGAUGUUGCAGGAGACGGCAGUAACUCACUCAUAGGUACUCCCAUCACAGUAGCUGCCAUUGAAACAAGUGCUUAUCAAGUCGAUUCAAUCCAGGCAAAACCAGACGUCACUGCAAUUUGCAACCUUGUUGGAAACCUAACGCUUCUAUUUGCGGCGAACGGCAACGGGUUUUUGAAUGACGGAAAACGCUUCACAGGCUACCCAGUGGUAGGUUUCAAUCAUCGCAUGCAGACAUCUGGUGAAUGCGAACGAGCUCCUGAACAAACAGAUGAGAGCUGUACUCCCACCCAAAUUUUAGAUAAAAAUGAGAGCACAUGUAGCUGGGACCGUCGCGUGCACGCGUCUUUGUUCUUUGACGUGGAACUGAGACUGCCAUUGUCUCGAUUCCGAGAAGCCAUGAAGGAUGUCAAGAAAAUAAGAGAUUUGGACCCCCAAAGGAUGUGUGACCAAACUAUAAUAUCUAUCAGGUCUAUUAAGAAGUCGGAGGCGUACCUGGGACCCUCUGAGGAUCAGGUGACGAUGGAGCUUAUAAUUUAUCGACCGAGGGAAGCGGGUACACCCAAGUGGAAUGAAGAUGUGUAUGAAGAGAUAGAGCAGAUGGUGAUAGAGAAGUAUGGAGGGGCACUGCAUUGGGGAAAGUCUGGAGGUUACCUGUUUGGAGGGUUGGCCAAACGAUCGGUGAACUUGGAAAAAUUUUUGAAGGUUAAGGAGAGGCUUGAUCCGCAAGGAGUGUUUUCCAAUGAUUGGACGGACGGCUUGUUUGGAAUUGGAGGGAAAGAUGUGGAGGAGUUGAGAGAUGGAUGUGCACUUGACAUGAUUUGUAAAUGUAGAGAGGAUAGGCAUUGUGCUCCGUACAAAGGGUUUCUCUGCAAGCCAGGGAGAGUAUGGGAGCAUGCUCGAGUUUGUACGAACAUCAACUGA